AUUUCUUCGUAUACUCCACUUCGUCAAGUCUUCAAUCGUCAGCACCCACUCUAACAUCAUCAUAAUGAAGUUCUUCACUGCCGUUACUACUCUUCUCUUCGCUGCUUCUGCUGCCCUCGCGGCGCCCUCCACUACCACCACUGUCACCGUCUCCUACGACCAGACGUACGACAAUGCCGGCGGUUCUUUGGACACCGUUGCGUGCUCCGAUGGCCCCAAUGGGUUGCUCACCAAGGGCUACGGACCUGACUUCGGCAACCUCCCGAACUUCCCGAACAUCGGCGGCGCGGCUGCCAUCGCGGGCUAUGACGACGCCAACUGCGGCACCUGCUGGCAGCUCACCUACAAUGGUGUCUCCAUCAAUGUGCUCGCCAUCGACCACGCCCAGUCGGGCUUCAACAUUGCGCUCGGUGCGAUGAACACCCUCACGGACGGUAACGCUGUCUUCUUGGGACGCAUCAAUGCCCAGGUCCAGCAGGUCGAUGACAGCGCGUGCGGCCUCUAAAGACCACAGAGGACUUGAUGGUGACGGUUACCUGGGCAUUCAUGAACCUAAUGAAACGAUGUAUUCGGACUUCAUUCUACGGACUUGACAGGCUGUACACCGAUCGCAUACGGACUCUGCUGUUGUAGUACCUUGAGUACGGACUCUACGUUGUAAUUAGCUGUUGUUAACAAGAGUGAGGAGAGUUGAAGGCUGG